GACUGGGAAUCUUUGCAUGAGCGGCUCGUAUUCGAUGGUGACUUUGUGACUGAUGCAUGCUCACCCAAGGCGGAUGAGUUGCCUAGAUUCUGGGAAGAUGGUGGAGACCUUUCUUUUCUCUGGCGAACAGAAACUAUUCCUGACCCUAACUCGUCAAAGGAUGCUGAUUGCAAAGAAUCGUUGGAAACUAUUCGUCGUCUAGUUUCGGAGGAAGAUUCUUAUGAGGAUCCCGCAAUUAUCGAUGUCUCUAAGCGAGCCAACUAUUUUCCUUUCAAUGCUUCUUCAAAUCACCAGGUUCCAGCAUUUACCUAUGCGCCAGAAGCAGUUUUUGAUAGCAGUAAAGAUAUUUGGGGAUGUCAUAAGGGACAAAAUUUUGAAGAAAUCUCGUUAAAUAUGUGUAACCAGACUUUCUCAUCUCGCCACGAAACUCAAGAUUCUUCCCCGCCCAUUGAAUCUUCUAAUGGAUCUGAUUUGCUUAAAAAAUUUCUUAUUCAAUUAAAAUUAGGAUCUGCUAAAACCCUUCCGACUCCAACUUCCAAUAUAUCUACAUCUUCAAUGAAGGAAAGCCUUGAACGUUCUAAUCAUAGAUUUAUUCCUCAUGAAUUUAAAACUCGUGAUACUAUUAGUCUUAAUAAAUCAUUGAAUGGGGUCACCUCUCAUCGCAUGGACAUACCUUUUUCGCAGCCUGAAUUCAUACCCUACACAAUCAAGGUACACUUAUGGAUAAUUUACGACCAAAUUUCUCGGAGUGAUCAUUCUUCAUUUUCCCUGCAUAGUAGGUCUUUUGAUACACAAUCGACUACGUCUAAAAAUUUACCACAAAACCCUCCAUGUUCUAACAAUCAAAUGCAAAUCAAGCAAAGAACAUCUACCUUCGAUUCGAUUGGCUACAAAGCCCAGACUGGAGACUUAGGUCAAAAUUUCGAGGAAUUUGAAAGUGAAGAAUUUGAUUUUGAUCCAGAACGAGAUUGCUGGAUGACAGAUAAUGAGCGUAAUUGGGUUCUUAAAGUUCAACUAAGCCCCUUAAUUGCAGUUAACCCUUAUAUGCAGGAUUAUUACUUUGCUGUACAGUGGCUUCGUAAUUUGUCCACUAGACGUAAUCAACUCCUUUCUAUGGGCCAAUAUCCUCGAGACCUCCAAUCACCGAUAUUCCAGCUACCAAGUCCACUUUCUAUAGAAUCUCUCUUGGAGCCCAACCAUCCUCAUCACCUUGCUAUACGACAUCGUCUUGCGAUAUCUGGUUAUCUUAAUUCUGACACUUCGUCACAUUUACCUUUGGAAUCCCUUCGUUCAUCAACUACUGGGUCAGAAGUUGACAAAAAUUCUUUAGGAAAGCCGACCAAGUCCAGUGUCCAUACCCCUAGACAAGUUGCCGAGCUUUCCGUUGCUAAUGCAUUGUCCGAGCUUCAUGCAGAACAGGUCUCUAAUUUGCCAAAUCGGCCUGUUUCGAAUCAUAUGGUGAAUGAAGGCAAAUAG